AUGUUCCAGGAAGCCUUAGAGCAACUGAUUCUCCUGUGCUUGAACCCCUACUUGGAAGGAAUCCGUUUGGGCUCCCUGCACAAAGGCAUUUGGAAUGGCCUCAUCGAAUUGAAAGAGUUGAAAGUGAAGCCAGAGGUGCUCGCUUUACUGGGAGUUCCAGGGUUCCGCGUCGAGAAGGGACACAUCAAUCUGAUCAGGCUGGUGAUCCCAUGGUCCUCCCUGGCCAGUGGGAAGGUGAGCCUUGAGGUGAGUGGAAUUCACAUCGAGGUGGAGCAAAUGGCGGAGUCCCGAUCGAAAGAGGAGCUCAUCCAAUCCAUGCGCGAAGCGAAGCAGCAGGCCAUCAACUUGCGGGUGGAACAGGUCCGCAACCUGCUGGAGCAGCGCCGCAAGGCCGCUGAAAAAGUGGCUGGGACAGAUGAGGGCUUCGGCAUGAAGGUGGCUCGAAGGUUCAUCAACAAUGUCACCGUCUCCAUCAAAGAUGUAGAGGUCUCCUUUAGCAGCAAAGCCUUGGGAAUUGCCACGAGCCUGAAGCUGCCGAAUUUGGCGGUGCUCUCCACUGACGAGUCCUUUCAGGAGCCCGUGAACGACGAAGUAGUCCAGAUUGCAGACGAUUCGAUGUUCAAGGUGAUGAGGAUCGAUGGCUUCUCUCUGCAGCUGUCCUGUGGAGAUUUGGGUAGCCUGAAGGAUGCCAAGUAUGUAUUGAGUCCCAUGAGUACCAGUCUGAAGCUCGCGCAUGUGCCGCGAGAGCAGCGUGUCUUCUUGGAGUUGGAUUUGGGUGUUGGAAAGAUGUCAGAGGUUCAGUUGACCAGCUCUCAAGUGAAGCAGCUGCUCAAGGCAGCAGCUGGCCUUGCAGAAGAGGAUGCAAGACUCAAAGCCUUAAUGGUUCCUGAAGAGAUUGGAAGUGCAGCUCUGAUCAUGGAAGACAAGCUGAAGGCGGAGUAUGGUUUGCUCUACAAGCGCCACCUCAUGUUCGAACGAAGUUUGGUGGUGGAUGAGAUGAAGCUGACGCCGGACGAAGAGAGGCGCCAGCAGCUCUUAGAGGAUGCCCUGCCUGUGGAGCUUCUGGCUGCGAACCGCAUUGCAGCAGUGGAGCUUGCGGAGGCCCGACAAGAGCAGAUGCCAGGCUUCUUCAGCCAACUUUGGGGCCGCUACUUCUGCUGUGUAGCCACCACAAAAGCUGGUGGUGUGGGUAUGGAGGAGCUCCAAGAUGCCACGGAGUUUGAGGCGGUCGAGGCCCCGGCCAAUGUCCUCGCUGAGGUCCGCUUCUCGGACCUCUCCGUCAAGCUUCACGACGAUGCGGAGGAGGAGACGAGCCUGCUCAGAAAGGUCUUGGAGCUCUACGUCUACAGCACCGAGUUCACGGCUGCAGUGCAGACGGGGGUGGAUUACCGGGGGAAGUCUUCGGCCAACCUCCGUGUAGCAGGCUCCUUCGGUGGAGUUGAGGCACAACAUUGUGGUGACGAUGUGAUCAGGAUCCGGACGGAGGAUGAAGAGAGAGGAAGUGCAGCCAAGUUCGCCUUGGAAAACAGGUUGGAAGAGACCUGCAACGUUUUGUCGGUCAUGCUGCAUACCGCACCGCUGGAUGUGAACUUUAUCCCCAGCAUGGUCCCCAAGUUGCUGGAAAUGCUACAGCCCCCUGAGACCGCAGAGCCGUCUGCGGUCGCUGCGCCCGGCGACCUGCCUGUGGAGCCGGUGUCGCCCACCUCGCCGGUGUCACCGGUUAGCCGGGCGGCCAGCAUGACGCAGGAGGCUGCUGUCCAUGCCUUGUUGGGGAAGGAGGGCGACGUGGCACAGUAUGCGGAUGCGGCGUUCGAUCGAGCACCCGACCAAGUGAACUUGGACGUCAUGUUGGCAGCGCCACGGAUUCACAUCCCAGUGAAGGACUUGGGAUCUGUGACUGUGAACCUGGGUUCCAUGAAGAUCUGCACACCAGAGCGAUGUUCCAUGAAAGCGGUGAGGAUGGAGCUUGCAUUCGAAGACACCAUGUUGAUGGUGGCGACCAAGCGGGAAGAGUUCAAUGUCAUCAGCCCUUUGCCCAUUGACAUCAAGCUGAAUCAUUGUGAAACGGACGAUGCUCUGACGGCGGAACUGGGCCUCACCACCGGCGACCUGACACUGGUGGCAGCGCCCCAGGCGCUGGCGGUGCUCGCCAAGCUGCCGGAUGUAUUCGCCGAGCUGGCGCCGGCGGAGCAGCCGGCGGAGCAGGUGCAGAUCACUCUGGCCGAGCCCACCGAACAGGUGGAUCGUUCGAAAAUGGUCAGCGAGGUGGCAGAGAAGUCUGAAGCCGUUCAAGCGGCCACCCAGCGUGCCAAGGAGUUGACGGAAAAGCGCUUGAAGGUGAACCUCGUGGCACGCACUGGCAAGCUCGAAGUGGCGGUGUUGGAUUUGAUCCAUCCUGUCCUUACCCUUCAGUCCAGAAUCCUGGAGAAUGGCAUCGAAGUGAAGCAUGAAAGCUCCAUGACAGGCCAAAACAUGAACACCAGCGUGAACAUGAACAAGUUGGCUUUGGUGGCGUAUGCAAGGAAUCCCAGUUCACACGAGUGGGAGCCGUUGCUGGAACCCUUCCACAUCGGCGCCUCAUUGCAGUUGGAAUCGGUGAAGGAGGGCUCCGAUGCUCUCUCAACCAAGCUGUCCUGCAUGGCCCACAAUCCGCUCUUGUUGAAUGUUGCAGCACCAUCGCUCUACAGGUUGGCUGCCUUGGGGCCGAUUUUUGCUGCCAGCCUGGGUGAGGGGAGGUUUGCGGAGAAGACCCGCUAUCGUGCCAUCAACCUCUCGGGUCGGCCGUUACAACUCCAUUUCCUCGCUCCAUCCGGGCAAAGCCGGAGCAAAGAGUUGUUGCCGGAUGGCUCGGAGGUCUCCCUGGAGGACGAAGUCUUGACCUAUGGGGCCAGCGAAAUCACCGUGACCUUGAAGGGAGAGGAAGCUUCGGAGCCGCUCUCAGUGGAGAGUUGCCAUGCCACGGAGAUCCCGGGGACUUUCUGCGUGGCGGAGAUGUUGAUGCCGGAGCCAGGUUGCCGCACGCUCCUUUUGGCCUCGCCCUUGCGAGUGCACAACACCUGCGACGUGCCACUGGAACUGAAGGUCCGCAACGGUCAGCAGGCCAGAGGGACCUUCAGCUGCAAUGCUGCCUUCCUAGGCGAAGCACCUGCAGCUUACGCCGUGCAGAGCAACCUUCGUCCCAGAGACCUCGCCUCGAAAGCAGAGGACACCUGUCUUUUGAUGCCGAAUGAGAUUCUUGCCGUACCAGAAUUUGCCAUUGAAAAGGGUGAUGCUCUUCGAGCGGAUCUGCUUAUGCGGCCGUUCGCGGAGGGCCACGAGUUCAGUACCUCGUUCAGCCUCAGCAACCACCUGCGCUCGGAGUCCUACACCUUCCCCGUGACCUGUGGCCGUGAGGCCGAGGAGGGUCCUGCGUCGUUGCCCCGAAUCCUGGGAUCCAAAGACAACGGGGGCUACGGCUACAUCCAGCGAAAGGCGGAUGAAAAAGUGCGAGUGGGAGCUGAGAAGGAUGAAGGCACAAAAGCACCAAAGCCCAAGCCGAAAAGCAUUUGUGCGUGUGGACAGUCUGGGAUGGUGACGGAUCCUGCAGACGAGGACCUCGUGGAGGAGCUCGACUCGGUCUCUCUCCUGAGUUGCCGGUUGCAGCGAAAAGCCGCUGCGAAGCACUUGCAGGUGGUGAGGCUCACUGUUCGACCUGCCCUGACCUUGGUCAAUGCCGUCCCAGAGAUGGACAUGAAUGUUGGGUAUCGCACGCCCUCCAAGGCCAUGCCAAACCUGCUUGAUCGCAGACCCUGGAAAGAGGUGCCACUUCCCUCGAUGGUUGCUGUGAAUGUCUAUGAGCUUCCAGCGGAAGCACAUGACCGGGGCGUGGAGCUUCGCACACACUUGGGCACCGAAGAGGAGACGCCGUGGUCCUCGGUGGUGUUGCUUCGGUCCUCGGCCCUGGAGAACAGCGCGGAGAUGCUGGAGAUGGAUGCCAAAUUAUCGGCCACAGGUGCAGCAGCAGGAAUAGUGGCACAACCAUUGGGUGCUGGUCGAGUGCGACUGUCAUGCCCAAGACUUUUUGCACACCGCUUGGAUGACUUGAAGCCAGAGGAGGAGCUGCAGCUGCUGUGCAAUGGUGCACCGCUGCCAAAAAUCAAUGAUUUCACACUGCUUCCAACCAACUGCGAGUCGAAGAAGUGUGAGGUGCAUGUGCGGCGCUUUGUGGAGGGAACCCUGAGAGAGAUGAAGCUCAACGUGACCAUGCCAGUCGCCUUCGACACCUUUGAUUGCAAGACUCCUUGGGGCACUGGAUACUACUGCAUACAGACAGAGGACUUGGCUGCAAGCGGCUUGUUGGGUGCCAGUUGCAAGGUCUCCACCCUCCGACCUCGUUUGGUGGUCCUGAACGCCUCAGAUGCUGAUCUGGAGCUACAAGAACCUGAUGGGAGCAUCCUGGUGCUUCGAGCGCAAGAGUCAAAACCAUGCCACUGGCACAUCUCCGAGAAGAGCAAGGGCGCAUCUUCAUUUCGUCUUCGUCCAUUGGAAGGUGACUCGAAGGUGAGCUGGUCAGCUGCGAUCCCUUGCAGUGAGCAAGCAGCUGGAUCCACACCUUUGCUUCUUUCAGCCACCGGAAGCUCGAGCCACGUGCCCUUGGUGUGGACCGCAGAGAUCGCACCUUCCUUCGGAGCCUUCUCGGUGGUGCUGAAGAGCCUUGGAGGGCCUGGAGUAGGCGCGCGCAGUGCGAGGUCUGGAGGACGAGAACGUGUGGAACAUGCCGACAUGGAGCCCUGUGGCCGAUGA